AUGGCUUCUGUUUCUCCCUUGAAUCACGCCAUUAUUAUUACCUCCACCACUUCUAAAGGAUCUUCAUCUCUGAGCCCUUUCAACCAGAGGAGGCCUCAAGUCUCUACAGUUGGCAAACGACGCCAGCGAAUGGUCGGUAAGGUAUCAUGUGGAGCUAGAGGAGGAGAGCAGAAACCAACACAGGGUGACGCGUCUAGUUCCGGCAAUGGAGAAGGGUCUCUCGGGAGGAUGGAUAGGAGGAAUGUGCUUAUUAGCUUAGGAGGCUUGUAUGGUGCCACCGGCCUCGGUGCUGACCGAUUGGCAUUUGGGGCUCCGAUCAUGGCGCCUGACUUAACUAAGUGCGGUGCCGCUGAUUUGCCUACCAGUGCGAAGCCCACCAAUUGCUGCCCACCUACCAGCUCGAAAGUUGUUGACUUCAAGCUGCCACCCCAAAACGAAGACAUGCGCGUCCGGCAAGCUGCUCACUUAGUGGACGAUGAGUACGUCGCCAAGUACCAGGACGCCAUUGCCCGCAUGAAAGCUCUCCCAACCGAUGACCCACGUAACUUCACUCAACAGGCCAAUGUUCACUGUGCCUAUUGCGAUGGAGCUUACGAUCAGGUUGGCUUUCCAGACUUGGAAUUGCAAGUACACAAUUCAUGGCUCUUUUUCCCAUUCCACCGAUACUAUCUCUACUUCUACGAGAGGAUACUGGGCAAAUUGAUCGGCGAUCCUACCUUUGCCUUGCCCUUCUGGAACUGGGACGCUCCGGCGGGGAUGACUUUGCCGGCCAUGUACACCAACCCCAGCUCAUCUCUCUACAAUAAACUUCGAGACACCAAGCACCAACCGCCGACGUUGAUCGAUCUGGACUACAAUCUCAAAGACCCCUCGAUCACGAAUGAGGAACAACUGAAGCACAAUCUCGCCAUCAUGUACCGGCAAAUGGUGUCUAACGGCUCGACGGCGCAGCUUUUCCUUGGAACCCCCUACCGUGCCGGAGACGAGCCAGACCCUGGGAAUGGGUCGCUUGAGAACGUUCCACAUGGACCGGUUCACUUGUGGGCAGGCGACCGUAAUCAGCCCAAUGUGGAGGACAUGGGCAACUUCUAUUCAGCCGCCCGAGACCCCAUCUUCUACGCCCACCACGCCAAUGUGGAUCGUAUGUGGACAAUAUGGAAGACUCUAGGAGGGAAGAGAAGGGACUUCACCGAUCCGGACUGGUUGGACUCGGCUUUCCUGUUCUAUGAUGAGAACGCAGAGCUAGUGAAGGUGAAGGUCCGAGACUGCCUCGACGAGAAGAAACUCCGGUACACCUACCAGUCCGUGGACAUUCCAUGGCUGAAGACGAAACCGACGCCCGUCCGUAAAAUGAAGGAAGCUCUGAAGGAGGAGGAAGGUCUGAAAGACAAGAUCAAGGAGAGGGUGCUGAAGUUGGAGAAGAAGAUUGCAGUGAGUGAGUUCCCGAAACAACUAGAUACGGCGUUCAAGACAGUGGUCAAGAGGCCUAGGAAGUCGAGAAGCAAGAAGGAAAAAGAGGAUGAAGAGGAGAUACUAGUGAUAGAGAAGAUAGAAUUGGAGAGAGAUUCCGUGGUGAAGUUUGAUGUCUACAUUAACAACGAGGAUGAGCCGAGCCCGGACAAGAGUGAAUUCGCUGGGAGCUUUGUGAACGUUCCACACAAGCACGGGAAGAAGAAGAAGAAGAGGGUGAAGACGUUCCUGAGGUUGAGCAUAACGGAAUUGCUGGAGGAUUUGGAGACGGAAGAUGACGACGAGGUGGUAGUUACCAUAGUCCCACGAUUGGGAGGCGACCUUGUCAUCAUUGGUGGGAUCAAGAUCGUUUACGCUUCGUGA